GACAGGAUCGAGGGUGUAGGGGACGGCGAUGGAGGACGGGAAGGUGGCUUCGCCUCCUGGUGCUGAGGGUGGGGAGGAGGAGGAUGACUUCGGAUACCGGCUCUUCCCAGAUCGUAAGAAGGAGCCGCAGAGCUUCUUGGUUCGCAGCCUCUUCACCUUUCACAACAGGUGCCAGGUGAUGCUGAGGAUGACUCUGGAGACGAAUCCAUAUGCUCAGUUGCUUAUUGCGGCCAUGAAGCAAUCUGGCUGCACCGUUUUCAAUGAUCGUCACUUUUCUUGUGAAAACUGCGAUGGCUGUGUCAGUGGAGGUUUCGAUUCUGCCACUUCUCAGAUUGUUCUGUGUCAGAACAACAUUCGGCACCAGUCCCACAUGAACCGAGUGGUCGCACAUGAAUUGAUACACGCUUUUGAUCACUGCCGUGCUCAUGUUGACUGGUUUAAAAAUGUCAAACAUUUGGCCUGCUCAGAGAUUCGAGCUGCUAAUCUCAGUGGAGACUGUACACUGAUGAAUGAAAUAGCUAGGUUUAAAUUUGGACUGAAAGGACAUCAUCAGACUUGCGUGCGAGACAGAGCAAUUCGUUCCAUUCUGGCUGUUAGAAAAGUUAGUAGAGAGACUGCGGAAAAAGCUGUGGAUGAGGUUUUUGAUGCCUGCUUCAAUGACCUGGAACCAUUUGGGAGAAUCCCACACAGUAAAACAGACGCAAAACGUGCUUAUAAAGACUUCCUGAAUCGAGAUCGCUACACUGCUAAUUUGUAAAGGAGAAACAUGAAAAACUGUGUUAAUGACUGGUCGUUCUGUAACAUCUGGGAUUACAGUCUACACACACAGUGCUGGUGGAAAGGGGCAGUUCUUUUCAGUGUAUCAAUUCAUUUUUAAGUUUUUUCCAGGAGCCAUCUCCUGUCAAGGUAAAUGAAGUAAAUGAACUAGACGAAAAACACUGUUUCCUCGCCUGUUGUUCUGGCAAGAUCAUUUCGUAUACCAAAUGACUUGGCAAAUAAUGAUCUGCAUAUUUCAGUGCACAUUUAAUUCAGCUAUUGAAUAAAUUGUUUCAUAAAAAUCUUCAAUUUUCCACCACCUUUGAUACAUAGUCAUAAAUUUGAUGAUGGUUAUCAUUCUGUUUGAAAAAGUGGGCAUAUAACUACAGCUGUAUAUGUAUAUUUAACAGCUAAAGCUAAAUCCAAAAUGAACUGCCACAUAUAUCUCUGAGUCGGUCUUCGAGCACCUCUGAAAUCACUUGAAUUCCGCCUUGUCUAUUGUCGUUUGUAACAUAAAGCCUUUUUACACAUUAGGAAUUUGACUAGCAGUCAAAUUACCAGGCGUACCAGAUCAAACCUACAAACUGGAUAAGCUUUGUUAGAAGAGUUUCCACCAACAAGUCUUAAACAACAGGUUUGUCUAACUUUCUGUACUCUAAGGCAGGUAAGUUCAUCUCUUCAUCUGAGAAAGGCAGGAGCUCCUAACUUCAUCGUAAAUCUUAGAGAAGUUGUCUCAUUCUACUUUUAUUUCCAAAUGCGGGGUGUUAUAUUGUCUUGGACCUGAGAAAGCCAUAUUUCCUUCUUGAAAUUAGAACUAAGAUUCUACCACAAGUACAGUACAUUUCACUGAAAUAAUGUAUAUGCGGCUCCUCAGAGGGCUUGUGGGUAUAGCUGCUAGAAGAGUCACUGGGUCAAGACUGAAGUGUCAUACUUAGGUCCACAAAGCGUCAAACAGUCCUCUGAUUAUUACUGUUUCACACUGAUUGCCAAAUAUCUUAGGCCUUCAACUUGAGGUCAGAGGAUUUACUUUUUUAUUUUUAAUUAUUUUUUACCGGUACUAUUGGUUCUCCUCAGCAGAAUUGCUGAGAUUGGAAAACUGAUGGAGACUAUCUGUCAACCACACCACAGAGAGCAGGGUAAAGAGGGCAGGUUUUUCAGGAGCAAAUUUAGUUGGGUUUGUAUAUUUGUAUGGAUGGAGAAUCUCAGAGUAAUCUUUUCCAGUAUUUAGUAGUGUUUGUAGGUACAUAGAUAUAUGUUCAAAUGGAAUUACCAUUAUUUCAGUUUUUGCUCAUUUCCUCACAUCCUUGGGCACCACUGAGAAGGCUCUGGCUCAGUCUUUAUUUCCACCCUUAGAAUCACAGAAUUGAGCCUAUUACUACACAUUUAGAAACUUACAUAUUUCUUCCUCUGCUGUGGAUAAGUUUGUUUUUGUUUCCCACUGAUCUUAAGAGACCUAGGCGUCUUGAAAGCUCAUCUUAGUAGUGAAUACUGAGUCUAUGAAGUCAUCUAGUCUUUUUCAUGUCCGUUGUCACCAAGUCCACUGUAUUAUUCAGCACUGGGCCCACAUUUUCCUUAGUCUUCCCUUUUUAGCUGUUAUUCCUGUAUCCUAUGUUGUUGCUUUCUAUGUUCCUUGCUAGAUUCAACUUUUUUUUUGGUUGGUUGGUUGGUUGUUUUUUUGUUUAUUUUUUGGCCUUUCUAAUGCCAUCCCUGCAUUCUCAGACAGCAUUUCUGGAAGUCCUCCUGAAUCACUCAACUAUGCUUCCACCUACUGCACUUCCUUUUCACACUUGAGCUUUGUCACAACCUCCUUAUUCAUUCAAGCAGGUCUGCCAUCUUUUCUUGGCUUGCAUAUAGGGAUUGAUCAUUUUUUAAUUUGGAGGAGGCAACCCUUAUAAGUCAUCCUCAAGUCGUCUAGCUCUCUUGGGCCCCUCUCCAGGACUUCCUUUUAAACAGGUCUGAAUAGAUCCCUUAUGAGGCUCAAAUCCAUUGUCCUGAAGGCUUUAAACUGGAAGAGGGGAAAUUGUGUUUAGUUGUUAGGAAAAAAUUCUUUAUUCAGAGCAGUGAGAGUUGCUGGAACAGGGCUCAGAGAAGCUGUGGACACCCUGCCCCUGGAGGGUGCAAUGACACAUCAUCAAUAGGGUAAAACUAACCUGUCUCAUGAUGGCCUAAACCCAGCUCACGUUCCCUGUUAGUGGGUGAAAAUCAUUGCACUACAACUACAUUCCGAUAUGUAAUUCCUCAUCUUCUAGCUUCACUCUUCAUAACUGUGCUUUGUAUAUGUGGGACUGCUAAAAAGUCCCUGACAUCUUAAAGUUAUGGAACGGUACAGAUAGAUUACUGUUGUGUUCUCUAAAUUGUUCACUCAUUCAUCUAAACACCUAACAAGAUGCUUUUCUACAGGUACUAGUUUAGUUCUAAAAACUAACUUUACAUUAAUCUUUUUGUGCAGCCACUAGACAUGAAUCAACAAAGGAAUAUGUAGUAAAGUUCUGUCUUUUCAUCUGUAUUUCAAAUAUUCAGCCCCUAAUGUUGAAGUAACCAGGUUGAUCAUCAGCCAGACAUCUGUAAUUCAAUUCCUUGAGCUGAAUGAUGUUGAUGAGAGGGUGGCCAUCCAGGGGUACAACCUUAAGGAGUCUAGGGGUUGGGCCUAUCUGAAUCUCAUAAAGUUCAACAAAGCCGAAUGCAAGACCAUGCACCUGGAUUAGGGCAACCCCAAAGACAACUGAGGGCUAGGAAAGUACAUGGAACUUGGGCUCUAAGCACAAGAAUUUUCCAGUUGUGGUUCGUUCACACUGAGUUCAAUCAGGUAAAACAAAACUAACCUACCAAUCAACUCCUUGUCAAACUACCUGUUGAUUUAAAGCUAACAAGAAAUAACAGUAGAAUGCUGCCUGCUUUCUGGCUGCGCUUAGGUAAAGUAUAAGGUCAUCCCACAAAUCUGAAGUUCACCCACUUCACCCACUCUCAAGUGAAUAUCUCUAUUACAAAGUCUCAGUUUUCUGGUUCUACUUUUCCUUUCCUUGGCAACAUACAUUUUACUUGCUUUCAUUCUCUCUCAAGAAGGUUUGGAAAGAAGCAGAAAAACUGGAUGAGAGUAGACUUUAUGAAAUAACAGAAUUUAAGUAAUGUUAUAAGGUAGAAUGGUCAUGAAAUGGUCAAUGUUAAAUAGGAAAUUAGAAAAUGAAGUUCAAAGGAAUUCAAAGUAGGUUAGAGGAUAAGGAAUGUAUAUUUUUCAUACUGAGAAUGAAAAAUAUAGGGAAAUAUAUAAGAGCCCCGAAUAGGAAAUAUUAAGCGUUUGAGUAAGGAAUCCUUGAGGCUGAAGUCAGAUUACAUUGUUGUGCAUUCACAUUUAUUUGCUUUUAUUUAUUUGUUUUCUGGUAUAGUUUAAAGUAGCUGUUAUGUCACAGGCUGAACUGAUAUUGAGCACUUGGUGAAGAAUGCUGCUGGCCCAGGAAGUACAGGUACAAGCAAUUCACUUGUGCUUCCAUGUGACCCCCAUGGAAGGGGUUGACCCAAUUAAGGGCUAGCCUAUGAAAGGAGGUCUUCCUGGAUGGAGGCUACCUCCUGAGAAGGAGUGUUUGAGAACCAGGGAGCCAAUGACCAGUUAAAUGAGUCAGUUUUUUCCUAUAUGUGAUUACUGAUAUUCCCAAUGACACCCUGUCUGAUAUUGCAAAGAGCUUACUGGAAGCAAUUUCACCAAUUCCAAGGCCCAACAUACACCAACACUAUAUUUUAGGAUUACAUUUGAUCACUGGCAAAGUUUGACUCUAUUUUUUUUUUUCCUCCAUUUUUCUUCUCCAGAUCUAAAAAUAGGUUGCUCUGAAAGUAAAGCCUCCUAUUUAUUUCCACAGAAAACAAUAAGACAUGAUAACGCUAUACAAUUGGACAAAUUACUGUUUACAAAACACUGCUUUUCACUAUAGCCACCACCAUUACCUCUGCGUUUUUGUUAGCAAUGAACAAGAUCCUGCUUGUUGCAGCUGUAAAAAUCUGCACUGGUGGAGGUGACCUGCUGUCACAACUGUUGAAAUGCACUGCCUCGCUGUGCUCACGUCUACUAUUUGAUCUUCAUCAGUGUUCAGCAAAUGUUGAUGAAUGUCAAUGGUGCAAUUUUCUCUGCAUGGAGGGAUUCGGUGACACACCUUUGCUUUUGUGUCAGAUGCUGUUUCGUCAGACUGCCCCUCUGUCUCGUAGCAACUAAAUUUAAUGAAAUAUCAGUAGGAAGCUUCAGCCUUUACUGCCAUACCAAUAACAUCUAACUCUGAUGUCAUGCACCAACAUCAUCAAAUAGGAGGCAUUAGUUUCGGAGCAGCUCUUAUAUAUGUCUUUUAUUUCCAAUUUUUCAAUGACUUCCCCCACAGCCCUAGGGAGGCUGCAGUAAUGCUUUUACCCAUAUUAACAAGCAAGUGAUUUAAGAUGAAAUGAUGGGUUUUAGAUCUUAAACCCAAGGUGCACUAAAAAGGUUAUUUUAACUCGAGUGGUCACAAUUAAACUAAUCACCAAACCUGAGAUCAGAAAGGAAAUUUCCCCUGAUUAAUUUGGUAGGGAUGACUUUCUUUCCUUAUUCAGUAGGAAGGAGAUUGAAGCAAUGCUCUGAAGGCUGAAUAAAAGGAGGCAUUGUAGCUACUGUAGCAGUUAUACAGAAGGAAUGAUAAGCUGGGCACAGUUAGACACCAGACACACAGGACUGUCUACUGUCUACAAUUCAUUAGAAGCCCAGCUAGAGUCUUCAGCAGUCACCCAUGACACUCAGUGUGGGAGAUACAACAAUAUGUAGCAUAAGCAGGUCAUACAGUGCUGCUAGUGGCUGGCAUCCGUGUGCAUACUUACCAUGUGAGCAGAGCAGUAGUGCUUGAAAGGAGACCAUAAAUGGUGUAAUAUAAUACAUAGACCUAAUUAAAUGCACAUGAGAGGAGCUCUUGCUUGCUUUGGAUUUAAACAGUUGAGCAGCCUGACAGUGUUCUGUGCUGUUUGGUCAACAGUGCACAGAAUUAUGUUUACUGGCUAUUACUGCUGCUCUGAAUGAAGAUGCCUGGGUGACCUGUUCAGCACUUAGCUGAGCUGUGACAGUGGCAAGGCUGGGUCAAGCAGUGGUCAGAAGAUUUCAAGUGCCUGACAGGCUUUCAGUCUGGGGAGGAAAUAUCCUCCCACUAGCUCCAGAAUUAGGCAGCCUCGGAAGGGACUAUUUUCUGACUGCAGCUUUGGGCUCCUUCAGCCCACCUAUCUAUUUUACGCUCUAAUGUCCUUUGGAUCUAAAUGUAAUUCUAUAAUUCCUUGCUGGUAAGGAAUUGUGUAAUUAGUCUCAAGGCUGUUGAACCUUCUCCUUACAGGUUUCCCAGAGAGACAGUGAAUACCCCAUCCUUGGAGAUGUUCAAGGUCAGACUGAACAAGCUUCUGAGCUACCUGAUCUUGCUGUGGGUGUCCCUGUUUCCUACAAGGGAGCUGGGCUAGGUGACAUAUAAAGAUCCUUUCCAACUCCCAAGAUUCUAUUAUUCUAGUGUUCUUACCUGUGACUCAAUAGCAAGCUGCACGAAGAAGAUAGCAAAGAUAGCCACUUUUCCUGUUGCCUGGAUGUGUCGCUCUCUGUGGACUGCACAUAUUCCCAGGUGUAACAUGGUACAUACCUGCAGGUAGCAUUGCUUAUGGGGCUGACCAUUAAUGCAUAUCCCUCAAAGUCACUUGAGUUGUUCUGGAGAAAGUAACAUCUUGCUCAAGAUUCCAGAAUCCUGUACUUACAAUGGUUCUGCAGAACUUCACAUGGAGAUUUCAUAAUCUUAUUUUCUCAAGGUGAUUCUAUCAGGGACUGACAUAAUUGUGUGGCUGAAUAUCCAAACAGGAGAAAAGUU